GCUCAAAUGACCCUUCCACAGGGGUCACCUAAGGUCAUCAGAAAACACAGAUAUUUAUAUUACAAUUCAUAACAGUAGUAAAAUUACAGUUAUAAAGUAGCAACAAAUCUUUAUGGAUGGGGGACACCAUAACAUGAGGUAUUAAAGGGUCACAGCAUUAGGAAGGUUGAGAACCACUGAUCAAAAUGAUCUAUAAGGCCUGCACUAGCCAGAUAUGAAGUGGAACUCUUUUGGAAUGAAAGUGCCUUUUACAUAGCUGUCCCUUGCUGUAGUAUUCUCAGGGAUAGACGUCACUGGCAGGUCAUCCUCACUCCUCUGUCCCACUCAGAGGUUGUAGAAGGAGACCCUGAAACAUGAGACUUUCUCAUCCUAAUCCCGGGCUUCAGACAAGAAACAUACAUUUUUCUAGGCUUGGGAAUUCUAGACUUGGAAUAAAUAUGAGUUUGCUUUCAAAUAACCACAAGGUUUUAGAAGCAGAUUAUUCUCAUGCUAGGCUUUCUGAAGAAGUGCCCACUAUGCAGGAAGUUAGAAUGGCUUGUUUGCCCAGUUCUCCAAUUCCAAGCAGACGAUAGCCUCUAAUUCUUAGGAAACAAAGAUACUGAGCUGAUUGGGACAUACUCACUGCCAAGAGCAAGCAAGUUUUGAAUUGGACUUGGGCUUCUCCAGGUCAUUUGCCAACUUUUCCAGACGCAUGGUUGCCUGGUUAUUUUUCGAGCCAUGAUGAUUGGCCUCCACCUUCAUUUCACAGAACACACUCAGAGAAAGGCACUAAGGUGUCAAUGUUUAACAGGCUGCCCGAGGCCAUGACCUAGGAAGUUGUCCAAGGCAGGGAUGUCUUCUUCAGUCUCUUUUGCAAAAAGAUCAGCAAAAGGCAUUUCACUUGUUUCUAAAUUUCCAGUCUCACACAGAACAUUUGUUUCCAUCAUUUGUCACAUUGGCUCUUUCUCAUUUACACCAAGUUUCAGUUAAAUCCCAAAUCUCAGAAGUAAGAUUCACUUGGGAACAUUUUGAUUUUCUUUUCUUUGUCGUUGUUGGGAAUGCUAAUUUGUAACCUGGCAAAUUAUCUCGUGGAGUUCAACCGCACAGGCGGUACCUUUCAUAUCCUACUCGUUCCUAAAAUGAAGUCAUUAAAAUGCCUUGUGCGAAUGUCCGCCUUGGACUGUAUGAAGUUUCCUCACUUAGAAUCAGAGCCCUGGCUAGAAUCUGUAAACUUCCUGACAAGGCAGCACAGAAGGGCUAGUGAAAGUUUGUUUUCAAGGAGAACUGAGAUUGAUUUACUUGGGUAGUUCUGGAAAAAGAUAACCAUUGCUUUUAAGUCAAUUAUCUGGGCCUUCUGGAAGCAUGCAUAAGAAUAAGGACGGAACUGAGAGAGAACGGUUGUUUUGAAAGUAUUAAAUGAAUAGGUUACAUCUUUUCUCGGUAUGUUUUGAGGGCUCCAUUUUAUCAAGACGUGUAGCUUAACUCCCCACCCCUAUUCGACUGUUGGAGGAAAGUUGUGGGGACUGAAACACCAUAGCUUUCUCUAUUUCCUACACAAAUUAAUUACACUUUCCUUUAAAUUUUCAAAAGCCUCGAAACCUCUAGUAAACCGUCUUCCUUCCCAUUCCCAGCAUUUUUUUUUAAAGCUCCUGACCCAGGCACCUAUUUUUAAUCUGUUCUUAAUAAUACUUAUUAUUCAGUAAGGAAAGGAAAAAAAAAGACGGGGCGACUGCGCGUCUCAGAAGCGCGUUUCCGUCCCCUCGCCCGGCUUGCUAUGGCCCUGCCAGGCCGCCGUAGCCGGCCUCGCGCGUUCCCAGCGUGGCGAAGAGCUGCUGUCGGCGGGACUUCCGUGUUGGCGGGAUUCUGAACGCUGCCAUGGCUCAGACCGUGCAGAACGUUACAUUGUCCCUCACUCUGCCCAUCACGUGCCACAUUUGCUUGGGGAAGGUCCGUCAACCUGUUGUAUGCACCAACAACCAUGUGUUUUGUUCCAUUUGCAUUGACUUGUGGUUGAAGAAUAACAGCCAGUGUCCGGCUUGCAGAGUUCCUAUCACUCCAGAAAAUCCUUGCAAAGAGAUUAUUGGAGGAACAGGUGAAAGUGAACCUAUGCUGAGCCCUAUGGUCAGGAAGCACCUUCGGAGAACGAGACUCGAGCUCCUCCACAAAGAGUAUGAGGAUGAAAUAGAUUGUUUGCAGAAAGAAGUAGAAGAACUUAAAAGUAAAAACCUGAGCUUGGAGUCACAGAUCAAGACUAUUCUGGACCCUUUAACCUUGAUGCAGGGCAGCCAAAACGAAGACAAACAACCAGCAGCAGAUAAUCAAAGUAAAACUGACCCAGAAACGGUAGUGGAAUGGAAGAAAAAACUCAGAACAGCUAAUGAAAUCUAUGAAAAAGUAAAAGAUGAUGUGGAUAAGUUAAAAGAGGCAAAUAAAAAAUUGAAGUUGGAAAAUGGUGGCCUGCUGAGGGAGAAUUUACGACUGAAGGCUGAAGUUGACAACAGAUCUCCCCAAAAGUUUGGAAGGUUUACAGUUGCCGCUCUUCAGUCCAAAGUAGAACAGUAUGAACGAGAAACCAAUCGCCUCAAGAAAGCUCUAGAACGAAGUGAUAAAUAUAUAGAGGAACUAGAAUCGCAAGUAACACAACUGAAACACUCAGAUGAGGUCAAGGAAGAUAUGGAUGGCCUUUGUCAGAGGGCACCCUCUGCAGAUGGCAAGGGGCCCAAAGGCAACGAUGAGCUUGUAGCAUCAAAGAAUCAGGGUGACGGAGCCAGGAAGCAGGCUGGCCCAGCCACCUCCACCUCAGCUUCUCACCUAACAACAUCUAGCUGCAGACUCGCUGACACCAGUUCUGCCAGGCAGGAAAGCACCAGCAAGACUGAACCAAACUGUCCCAAGAGCAAAGACAGAUACCCCAAGCCCACGGAAAUGCUGCUGGCUAUGCGAGAGACACCGAUGGAUGCUUAUUUGGAAGGAGAGUGGGGCAGUAAGCCAAGUGACUGUGCACCAUACAAAGAGGAAGAGCUUUAUGAUCUCCAGGCUCCUUGCACUCCUUUGUCCCUUAGCUGCCUUCAGCUAAAUACUCCAGAAAACAGAGAGAACUCUGUAAUCAAGGCAGGGAGUUCCAAAAAGCAUGCAAACCAUCUGAGAAAACUGGUAUUUGAUGAUUUUUGUGACUCUCCAAAUGCCUGCAAUAACAACUCUUCCGAGGACGAUGUAGGUAAAAGUGAAACUGAAAAGAAGUCAGACUGUUUUGUUUCCCCAAAGACAGGAUUUUGGGAUUGUUGCUCUACAAGCUAUGCCCAGAGCUUGGAGUUUGACAGCUCAGAGCGGAACACGAUAGCAAAUUCUGUUGGGGAAAUCCCUUCAAAAUUGAGUGAGAGGUCAGGAUCAUGCAUGUCCAAGAGACUAAAUUGUAUUCGCUCUCUCGAAAUGAACCGGACAAGAACAUCCAGUGAAGCGUCCAUGGAUGCCGCUUAUCUGGACAAAAUCUCCGAGCUGGAUUCCAUGAUGUCAGAGUCUGACAACAGCAAGAGCCCUUGUAGUAACGGUUUUAAAUCAGUGGAGCUGGAGGGCUCCUCAAAGUCACCUCGAGGCAGUGAGUUUCUCGAGGAACCUGACAAGUUGGAAGAAGGACCUAAACUGAAUCUUUCCAAAAAUGCUCUCACUACUGAUCAGUUAGAAAAUGGCAGUGAGUGGAAGCCGUCUUCUUUCUUUCUCCUCUCUCCAUCUGACCAAGAGAUGAGUGAAGAUUUUUCUCUGCACCCCACUUCUAAUUCAGGAGCUGGUGAAGUCAAACCCCAGAGCUGCUUGUUUCAGACAGAGUUUUCCCAGGGUGUCCUGUUAAGCGGCUCCCACGGACUGUUUGAAGAACAGAGGUUCGGGUCCUCUUUAUUCAAGAUGUCUUCGGAGAUGCAGAGCCUCCACAGCCACCUUCAGUCUCCGUGGUCUACUUCCUUUGUGCCUGAAAAGAGGAACAAGAAUGCGACUCAGUCAACAAAGCGCAAGAUACAGAGCAGCCUUUCCAACGCCAGCCCAUCCAAAGCAACGAAAAGCUGACUCUCCAGAGAGAUGCCCUGGUGGCUUUGUCCUGAAAGGGAUGCGGUCGCUUUCAGCGUUACUGUAGUCACUUCAUGAAGGUUCUAUAAAUCAUGAACUGAUAAUCUUCAGUAAAGUGUCAAGUCAGAGAGGUGGGUUUACCUGUUUACAGGGUGCUUCAUCUUGUAGAAACUUUGGUCUUUUAGUUGGUGAUCUGUCUUAGCAGAGAGGUUAGGGGCAAGGGUUUCAUUUGUCUCUGUAUUGUUCAUUGUUUUGUUUUAAAUGAAUAUUAUAUGUAUCUGGAUUGACUGUAUGUUGUUUUCUCAUUACUUAUUUAACCGUUAGAUACGGUGGCCUGUUAACUGUCUUCAGAACUUGUGUUUCUUAGAAGUUUUAGUAUUUUCUUUACUAUUCUUUAAAGCUAUUCCUAGAGUAAAAUGGUUUGUAUGUCCUUUUUUAUUUAUGUGUAGUGGUGGCCUAAUUAUUCUGCAAGACCAUGCUGGAGAAAUGGCAUUCCACCCAUAGAGUAUUCACUGCUAACCUUUUCAGAUUUUACAUAGCGGUUUGCCACCUGUUUCAUUGUGUUCUGUCCAUUUUGUGUGUGUCUGUGCGCAUGUGUGCGUGCGUGUGCAAAAAUGCUCUGGAGUAUGAAAGAACGUAUUUUUGGUAUGAAAAUUCUUUUUAGGUUGUUUAUAUUUGUUCAUCUUUGAGCGUGUCUAUCUGCGUGUGUAAAGUUAGAAAUUAUUAUGUAUUGGAAGGCCGGAAGGAAGGAAGGUUGGGAGGAAUUUCAACAUCCUAGCUUCAUUUCCCAGAUGUGUAGGUAGAAAAGCAGUCUGUUAGGUUUUUGAUCCAUUGUGUCACAGGGGAGCCUUUUAUGUGAUAAAGUUCUUGUUUGCAUGUUACUGCUCACUGUGGGAACUGUAAGCAUGGGAGCCUUUGUGCUUGCUCCGUUCUCCACCCAGAAGAAAAAAGAAGUUCCUAUUGGCUAGUAGACUACCCAUUGUGUAGGACAAUUGUUUUUCUUUGUGGAAAGUAACAAGUGGGAGUGGGAAUAUAUAAGAGCUAAGCACAACCUUUAGUUUAGGCUUUAAAAGUACAUUAUUUUAAACAUGUUUGGUAUGCCCAUAUAGACUGUAAAACUAAGUCUGUAUGCUAAUAACUUAUCUAAUGUGCACUGAACAUUUUACAUGUAUUGUCUUACCUUAACACUGCAUGAUUUUUUAUGUGAAUUGAAUAAAGAAUGCCAUAUGCACUAUA